AUGGCGGCCAAGGAGACAGAGAGACUCCCUUCAUGCAGGCGUGAGCAGGUGGCCAAGAGCUUGUGCUCUGGAGUCAGACUGCUGCCCAUCCCCAUCCCAGCUCACUACUCACUAACAUGCAUUUCUGGAUUCUUCCCAGUAAUUCUCUGCUUAUUUGGGUUUUUCUCAAAGAUGAAGCCAUCAGAGCCAUUUGUUGUACCUUAUUUAGCAGGACCAGAUAAAAAUACGAGCCUCAGUGUGAUCACAAAAGACAUCUUUCCUAUUUGGACUUACUCUUACUUGGCCGUGCUCUUCCCUGUGUUUAUCCUCACUGAUUACGGCUACACGCCAGUCAUCAUUUUACAAGGGGUUAGCUUCAUCGUUACCUGGCUGCUGCUCAUAUUUGGUCAAGGAUUAAAAGCCAUGCAGGUGCUGGAAUUCUUCUACGAGUUGGUCUCUGCCACCGAGGUGGCCUACUAUGCAUACAUACACAGUGUGGUCAGCCCAGAGCAUUAUCAGAAAGUGAGUGGCUACUGUAGGAGCAUGUCUCUGGUGGCCUACACAGCAGCCUCACUGCUGGCCCAACUCUUGGUAUCCCUGGUGAACCUCUCCUAUAUUUACCUCAAUGUUAUAUCCUUGGCUUCUGUCUCCGUGGCCUGCCUUUUCUUGCUUUUUCUACCAAUGCCUAAGAAGAGCAUGUGUUUUCAUGCAAAAUCCAGCAAAGAAGCUACUCAAAAGCCACCAGGAAAGGAUGCUGAAUUAGAGGAGCCUCAUCAGGAUCUUGAACCAGUCCACCUAGAAUUACUCACCAUUUCUAGGAAUCUGGAUGCCCACCAGCUGAGUAGCCCAAAGCUAACACAUGUGGUUUUGAGAGUUUUUGUGCAGUGGUUCCAAGAUCUGAAGGACUGCUACUCCUCAAAGCAUCUUUUUUACUGGUCCCUUUGGUGGGCUUUCUCUAUAGCAGGUUUUAACCAGGUUUUGAACUAUAUUCAAAUAUUGUGGGAUUAUAAGUCACCACCCUAAAGUUCUACAAUAUGUAACAGACCAGUAGAAGCCCUUUCAACCUUUGGGGGAAACAUCAUCAUGGUAAAUAUAUUGAAAUGUCAGGGUUAUCACUUUCCACACAAAGUUUAUUUUGUUUUUCCCCCACUGAACAAAUGCCAGCAGCUUAGCCUGCUGAGCCCACGCUUAUGUGAACCAGUGAUCCAGGCAGCCUUCGGCAGUUCCGAGCGGCCAUUUGGUGCGCUCAAGCUUGCACCGCGAAGACUUCCCCGGGACAGCCUCCAAGUUCGGGAGAGUCGGAGCCUUUUCAGCGCUGCCGGGGUCCGGUGUCACCAGGCAGCAGCAGGCUGCUUCCUAAGAAGCUGGCGCCUCUCGCUGCUCCAGGAGGGAAACUUGAAUACUGAUUUGGCAGCUUUGUAG